AUGCUGAGCGGAGUGUGCGACCGGCUCGCCUCAGCGCUGUGGGGUACACGUGCACAGCCGUCCGCGGUCGCCCAGAGGUGUCUGCACAUGUUGGUGUCGCGGCCGUCCACAGACAAGAGCGAGAGGACGAGGAAACCUCCCUGCGCCUUCGACCCAGCGCUGCUGGAGUUCCUGGUGUGCCCGCUCUCCAAGAAGCUGCUCAGAUACGAAGCAUCGACAAAUGAAUUGAUUAACGAAGAGUUAGGAAUAGCCUAUCCAAUUAUUGAUGGGAUUCCUAAUAUGAUACCACAGGCAGCUAGGAUGACACAUCAAAAUAAGAAGCAAGAAGAAAUGGAGCAGCAUUAGAUCAUACUUAAAAAUAACAACACACACAACUAAAUUUUCUAAAUACCAUCCACCUUUUAAAAAGUCAGAGUGACAGGUAAUAAGUGGAGGAAAAGAAUGUUUCUGUCUCUUCCUACGUUGAUUGUCCUUAUUCCAUUGGUCUCUUUAGCAGGACUGUUAUACUCGUCCUCUGUGGAAGAAAACUUCCCACAGGGCUGCACUAGCACAACCAGCCUGUGCUUUUACAGUCUGCUCUUGCCGAUUACCAUACCCGUUUCUGUGUUCUUCCACCUUUGGACUUGGAUGGGUAUUAAACUCUUCAGGCAUAAUUAAUACAACCAGGGCCAAGAUGGUAUAUCCUAAUGAUAUGCUGAGUGUCUGUCUCUGAAAGCUCAAGUACAUGGAAAUACUGAAAACCCACUUAAUUUGCAAGAAAGAUGCAUUGCCUAGCUUCUGUCAGAGGUUUAGGACUAUAGGAGGCUUAAGCUGCAGAGGCUUCUUUAUUGUACUUUGGUCUGCCCUUGUUUUUUGAAGGUUCUCAUUCAUACCUGGGGUAUCAGAAGAAACAUUUCAACAAAGUGUCUUGUUGGACGUUAAUAGCCCCAGCCAUCAUCUGAUGGCUUUAUUUCUUAUCCCAUUCAUAAUUAAAAGUUACUAAUUAGAAAUUAUAUAUGUUUAUUUUACAUUCAAAGUCUGGUAAAGUCACAUGUUAAGGAUGACUGAAGUAAUUCCAGAGGAGCUCUGUUGGAGUAGUUGUAGAGAAAUGCAUUUGAACUCAUGUGGUAUAAAACUGUAAUAAAAUGGAAAUUUCAUGUAUUUG